AUGACUGCUUCAUCGUGGCCCACCAACAACGACAAUCAUCCCACCAACUCACCCGCCAAGUGGAAAAACAUGAGUACCGCAGCGGUUCAAGACGCCCGGAAACAGGCCGAGGCUCUAGACAAUGAGGACCCCAUCGCCUUCAUCCGCGACGAGUUCAAUAUCCCUACCAAGGCCCAAAUAGCGAGCUCCCGCUUGGCCGACUCUCACCCAGCCGCCUUGCCAGCGUCCAAGGAUGAUGCCAAGUCCGUCUACCUCUGCGGCAAUUCGCUGGGUGUCCAGCCCAAGAGAACCGUCACUCGUCUCAAUCAGUAUCUCACCACAUGGGCCACUCAAGGAGUGCAGGGCCAUUUCAAGCCUCUUGAAGAAUCCCCUCUUCCGACGUGGCUUGAUGCCGAUGCCAAAGCUGCAGAGCUUAUUGCGCCCGUCGUUGGAGCCGACGUGUCCGAGGUGGCUGUCAUGCAGACCCUCACUGCCAACAUUCACCUCUUGAUGUCUGCCUUUUACCGCCCAGAUAUCAAUAAUCGUCACAAGGUCAUUCUGGAGAACAAGGCUUUCCCUAGUGACCAUUUCGUGGUCGAAACUCAGAUUCGCCAUCACAGCUUGUCGACAGAAAAGUCCAUGGUUUUGAUAGAUUCAUCCUCCAAGGACAACAUCAUCACCACCCAAGAAAUCUUGUCCGUAAUCUCGGCCCAUGCUGACACUACAGCUCUCCUCCUACUCCCCGGUAUCCAGUACUACACUGGUCAGCUGCUUGACAUUCCCGCCAUCACAGCGUUUGCCCACAAGCACGGCAUCUUCGUCAUCUGGGAUCUCGCCCACGCGGUAGGUAACGUGCCACUAUAUCUCCACGAUUGGGGAGUAGAUGCGGCGGCUUGGUGUAGCUACAAGUAUUUGAAUGGCGGGCCUGGAUGUAUCGGUGGCCUGUUCGUCCACACCAACAACAGCAUCGUGACCAAGGAGAUCACGGACGAGAAGCCGGAGGAGGGCUACAGCAACCGCCUUGCCGGCUGGUGGGGGAACGACAAGAAGACGAGGUUUGUCAUGGCCAACAAGUUUCACCCUGUAGCCGGUGCGGCCGGCUUCCAGUUGAGCAACCCCAGCAUUCUCGACAUCACCAGUUUGAGCGCCUCCCUGGAGAUCUUCCAGGAGGCUGGCGGCAUGGAGGCACUCAGGAGCAAAUCCCUCAAGCUGACCAACUUCCUCGAAGCCACUCUCGGUGGGAUGAAGGAGGAAGACCGAGCGCAUUUCCGCAUCAUUACCCCUUCCAAGCCAGAGGAAAGAGGCGCCCAGCUGAGUCUCAUGCUCUCCGACGGGCUCCUAGAUACCGUCAUGAAGGAGCUCGAGGCGCGGGGAGUUAUCGUUGACGAGAGGAGGCCCAAUGUCAUUCGGGUCGCACCGGCCCCAUUGUAUAACACAUUUAGCGACUGCGUACAGUUUGUAGAGGCCUUUUCGGCGGCGCUGGAGGCGGCCACCAAGCGCGCACUCUAA